AUUACUUGUCUAGAUAUAAUCUAGAUCUAGAUUCUAGAUCUAGAAUCUAGCCGAAGCAAUGGACCCAGCCCCAGGCUAAUACAGAUCAUUGUGUACUUUUUGUGAUUGUGUUUAAAUUCGAUUUGAAGAAGGACACUCUACUUGUUGCUGAAACCAAGAUGACCGCGGUGUUCCCGCCCUAUGUCCCCGUGGCCAGUUUCACCCUGAGCAUGGAGGCAGCCUCCCAGGAGGAGGUAAGCAACCCCUCCCCAGCCGGACUCUUCCGGGACCUCAAGCUCAAGCGCAAGCGCGUGCGAGACAUCCUGAGCGAGUCGGACGCCGUCAUGCCCGGCCAGCUGGGCUUCUCCGAGGUGUCCGAGUGCGACCAGCAGAGUGACGUCAGUUCGGGCAGCGCCGACAGCGCCUACGUGUCGGACCGGACCUCAGACUUUGACACCGCCCCGCCGGCCAAGAGGCAGGCGCUCUCCUUGCCCGGUACUGGGGGCGGGGAGGUGAAGGUGGAGGAGGAGGAUUCUUCCUCGGGUAGUGGUGGAGAUGUGGAGGAGGAAGAGGAGGGAGCUGGAGAAAACGACCAGUCGGCCAUUACGACUACGCAGCAGCAGAAGUUUGCUGGCGGUCAGAAGUCUCCUAAGGAGAUGACGUCCUCCAGUAGUAGUGAGGCGUCGUCGUCGCCCGUGGCUGAAGACUGUGUGGCGUCCUCUGCCGCAUCAAUAACAAUAAACUCUUUCCCUGUGGCCGCCUCGUCCUCUUCGUCAUUGUCGUCGUCGUGCUCAUUGUCGAUGUCGUCGGGCUCCUCGUCCAUCUCCUCCAACUCCCCCGCAUCAUCAUCACCGUCGCCGACGUUUUCUACGUCGUCAUCACAAGACAGCGGUGUGUCCAUUUCUUCUACAUCCUUGACCUUCUCAUCUUCAUACAACACGUCACCAUCUACUACCGUUGAAGAGCCCAAGGCAGAGCUGCAGCAACAACAACAGACACAACAACAACAGCCAGCUGCUGCAACAACUGUGACCCCGUCCUCAUCGCCGUCGUCGCAAACCCCGCCCACAGCCUCAGCACCGCCCACAACAAGCGGCUCCUCCCCUUCAGCCAUGACGGGCAACCCGAUGAUCCUGAGCUGUCCGCCAGCCUACCUGAUGCAGCUGUCCAACGGCUUCGCUGCCCACCCGACAUCCGGCAUGAAGAUCAUCCCCAUGAUGUCUAUCUCCAGUGCCGGCGUGUUCCAGCCUGUACCCACGCCCAUGUUCAUCGCCGCGCCUACCGACGGCUAUCUCGUAUCGGCGGCCGACUCACCCUUCACCCACGGCGCCUCCAUCAUCACCUACCCGACCCUGGACGGGCCCAAAGCCGUGAGCACGGAGGAUGUCCUGAAACUGGACAAACCACAGGUCAUCAUCCCCGGCACGGCCACCGCCGGCGACUACCCGACCUUGAACUUACCCAGCCCCAAGUUCAAGCAGCCCAAGAAGGAGGACUCGAACGCCACGCGCCUGGAGAAGGACACCGAGUUCAUCUCGCACUACACCAACGGCGCCUUCGUGUACCGCGGCCACCUGGCGGAGAACCCGCACAACCUUAAACCCAGGCCGACGCCUCCGGCAGAGGGAGCUGCUGCCACAGCGGCCGGCGUGCCCGGCUACAGCAACAACAUGGAGGCCGGCGGUGUCAAAGGGGAGGAGUCAGAGGGCGAGGAGGCGCUGGUCUGCGCCAUCUGCAAUGAUAAGGCCACCGGUCUGCACUACGGCAUCAUCACGUGCGAGGGGUGCAAAGGUUUCUUCAAGCGCACCGUGCAGAACAAGCGUGUGUAUACGUGUGUGGCGGAGAGCAACUGUGAGAUCAAUAAGGCACAGAGGAACCGCUGCCAGUACUGCCGCUUCAAGAAAUGUCUCAAGAUGGGCAUGGUGCUUGCUGGUGAAGUACAAGAAGCACAAGCGACGAGAGGGUGCAGAGAAAGGCGUCCGGCACCACCACCGUGUGCCCAUGCCCACCUGUAAACUGGAGAUGCCCGAUGUCAUACCCGGCUACCCGGGUGAGAAUAUGCUAUCCUCUGACUCGGCCUACGAAUCGAGCACGGAUUGCGCUAGUGACGCAAACAGCGUGGUGUCAGGAAAGUCUGGCAACACAUAUCGGCCCUACGCCCACCCAUUCUACCCUCAGGGUUAUCCAGCGUAUCAGGGAGGCCCACCGAGUAUGGCUGGGUCGUCAGUUGGUGGGGACCGAAGCCCGCAGGCAAAGCCCCACAUAAAUUAUCCGUUGGCAGAUUCCUACAGGAAGCCAGGUACCCCGUCAUCGUCGUAUCAUUCUAGUCCGCACAAGUCGCGGUUUGACCAGGGCAUGUAUACGUACCAAGAGGGACGGCCUAGCCUGAAGGUCCCAUCACCUCCCGGGGCUGGGGAUCAUCGUCAGUCCCACAGUGCUGUAAUGUCUGGGGAGAGUUCUCCCCCCUCCUAUGGACAGCAAAUGUACUCUCGCACCUCACAGCUGCCGGGGAGUCCUCGUGGACUGGAGGGCGCUUACUCACACCACGUGACCCCGACCUCUAACCCCCUCCCCCAUGAUUCCGCAGCCAGCUACAAGCAUCCGCAGCCACAGCAGCAGCAGCAAAUGUCGCCUGUGAUGCAGAUGAACAGGUACUUUUACGAAGCUGGAGUGCCUUCCCAUCAAAGUUUCCCUCCUGAGGGCAGCGAUGGGGCCAGGGCACAAGGGCCGCCAGACCAGAAGUGUGAGCAGCCGUCUGCUCAAGGGCCUCACCCCGACCAUCGCUUUAUGGAGCUACCUCACAAUUACUCGACCAACAAGCGCAGUUACCACCCCGUGUCAGAAUCUCAGCCCAUGGAAGGUGCUGAGUCAGCUGUUGGAGGCUUUCCCUCAGGUGAACAGGUCCCAGGAGGAAUGCAAGUCAAACAAGAAGUGGAUACUCGCAGCGAGUCGCAUGGCUUGAUGGGAGAAGGGGUUCACGCUAGCAGUGCAGGUUUCCCUGGCCGUAGAGAUUCUGGGCCGUACAGCUCGGCGAAGACCUUUCCCGGGACCCUCUCCUCCUCCUCCCCGAUCUCCACGACAGCGCCGUCGAUCGCUCCCGAGGACAGCCACUACUACUACAGCGCCAGCUGCAACACCUCCCCCAAACUGCACGUCCCCCAACAUCUGUCCGGCAGUGUCCCCUCCUCAAGCACUCACACCUUCAAGUCACCCGCUUCAAGCCGCCACCACCACCAUCACCAUAAUCACCAUCACCACCACCACCACCACCACCAGCCGCUGGCCUCCGACAUGACGACCACCACCAACACAAAGCCCCCUCCUGGCGACUCCCCACAAAGCAACCAGGACAAUGUCAUGUUCAAGAACCCACAGCCGCUAGCGACUGGCGGUUCCUCGCUACCGUUCUACUCAUCGCCGUCUGCUCUCCUGGCUGAUCUGGCGAAAAAUGACUGCCUGCUGAGCAUCGCGGAGGACUACCAGAUCGACCAGUUCACGGGCUCGGAGGAGAAUGUGGCUCAGGCGCUGUGCCAGGUCGGGGACAACAUUGUUAUGAGAUUUGUCCACUGGAUGAAGCAGCUGCCCUUCUACAAGGAAAUCCCCAAGGAGCUUCAGACGGAGAUCCUAAUGUCCAAGUGGCAUGAGCUACUGCUGCUGAUCAUGACCGCCUAUGGACCCGUCACCAAACACUGGGCCAAGAAGGCCGGGCCUAAGCCUAGUUUCUCCGAGUUGUUCUCCUCCAACAUGAGUCGCAUGCAGGAGUACCUAGAGAAAAGCUUCGGCAAAUACUUCUCUGUGGAACAGCUCCGGGCCGAGAUUGGGCCUCUGAUGGAGAAAGUGACGGCCAUCAUGGCAUACUUUUGGCAGCUGGCAGUCACCCGCAAGGAGCUGCUUUGUCUCAUGGUCAUACUGCUGCUCAGUCACGAGAGUGCCAAGAAGGAGACAGUGCUGCAUCACAUCGCCAGCUCGUACAAACAGGCCUUACAGCAAUACAUCCUGGAGCGGUUUCCCUCCGAGGCCAACCGACUGGGCGACCUCUUGCAGCAGUUUGCCAGCAUUGAGGCCGCCUCAGCCCAGCUGUUGUCCAGCAAGAUGAUCUACAUCCCGUUCCUGCUCAACUCUUAAGUGGACGUAGAGUCUGUGGAGAAAGAUAGAGUCUACUGUGAAGGGAGAGAGAGAAAGGAAGAAUCUGUCGGGAUUGACUUGGAGUUGUCAUCGAGGCAGCCUUGACCGAGCCUUGCUGUUGGACAAGACGAUCUAUGUUGAUGUUCCUGCUCAACUUGUAGUGGAAAUACUGUCUGUCAGCAGAGAGAUGCAGAGUUAUUUGUCGUGGACAUUGAGAUAUGCUCUGAGGCAUAGAAGUGUGAUGAGCUGGGUUAAGGCGACAAGAUUUUUAAGAACUGUGUGAACUUGAUCCUUUGGAACAAAAACUGCUAAUCACUAGACUGUUACGGUUAAGGCACUGUCAAAGUGAGGGAAAUCUGUUGAUCAAACUGCUGUCCUCUGCGAUGAGGAGAUAGAUGAACUCUACAUUCCUCGGGUCACAAGACAUGGGGGGCACGGCAUCUUCGUAUUUUAUUCAUUGUGUGCUCAACUCAAAGCUUAAAGGUGGUGACCCUAAAGAUGGACCAUGUUGUCUUUACCUACUUGGCAAGAGUUUUUGAUCGUGGAGACUUAUUGGGGCGAAGUUGAAGAAUGAUGUGGCGUUUGGCCAGCAUGUCAGCUCAGGUAGUGUGUUCCGUGCUCCUGUGUCAGCUCAGGUAGUGUGUUCCGUGCUCCUGUGUCACCUCAGGUAGUGUGUUCCGUGCUCCUGUGUCAGCUUAGAUAGUGUGUUCCGUGCUCCUGUGUGUGGACUUCUGGGACAAACAGACUGACAGUCACAGAAAGUGCUCCUAAGUGUCCAAGUGCAAAAAGUACCGAACGUUCUGCGUGGUCACCGUGUGGUUGGAGGUUUUUGCCAGAACAGAUGCUGUCUGUGGAGCCCAGUCCCACUCUCUGUGACCCAGUAGCGAUGUCGGGAACGAUGUCUAAUGUUUGACGAGAGUCACUGUUUUUGUAAGCAAGAAGACAUAACAGAUCUCUGUGAUGGUCUUCAUCUGCUGUAGGUACAUGUGUACAUGUUUCAUGCAACUUGUGUCUACUAUUUGUACAUGUGUACAUGUUUAUUGUUGUUUUUAUCCCUUUAUUUUGUACGUGUUCAUACAAAAGUUUGAGUAAUUUGUAAUUUUUGGUGUUUGCUGAUUCUUAUGACUUUUACUUGAUAUUUGUUGAAUUUUGUUGCCUCAAUAAUGUUUCUGUGCCAAGUUGAAUUCAUUAUAGACCUGUGGUCAGUAUUCGUGAGGAAACGGCUGUACCUCUGAAUCUGAAUAUACUUUGUUGGGAAUUUUGUGAAUGACAGAAUGGGAUAAUCGUGAAUAUGGGGUUGGCUGCCUCAAUACGUUGACUGGGCUUACUGUUUUCUUUAUCCUCUUUUUGCUUCAGGAGGGAGGGUUGGCACAAUUAAAAGAAUGUUGUGGUGAAAAAAAAAAGAAAAAAAUUCUAUGUUCAAAGAGCUGCUAGCUUUGUAGCAUGAUUUCAGGUUGUUGGGACUUGUUUUUUUUUCUUUUCAAAAUUGUCUUUCACAGAACUAUUAGGCUGGAGUUGAGUCCUGCGCAGAAUUUUAUGAUGUUGGCAGUUGGAAGGCCAGUUGGCUCUCAGGAGUGACCUUUUGACCUUGUGUGCCAUUGUCUGUGACAUUGCCUUGUGAUUUCUUUUGUUAUGUUCUGAAUGACAGUCGGUGAUCUGUACACUUUGACAACUUUGUGAUAUCAACAUGUUUCGAUUUUUUAAACGGUUCCAUUUUGAGUUUAUUCUGAGUGGCCCAUUUUCUUACCUUAAAAUCAACGUGAAGACGAGGGGGGAAGGAAAAGAGUUCUCUCUUUGUCUUUCUCUCUUGGUCUUUCUAUGUAUUUAUACUUUGACAGUAUGUACUUACGGAAUUUUCACACAUUCAGAUUUAGCCGUAGCGUGGUGGUCACAUUUCUUGUCUGAUUCUCUCCUCAUGUGUGUGGGGGUGGUGUGCUGAUCUCUCAAUGUGAAUGUGCCUGACCUGAAAAUUGUCCUAAUGCUAUACAAAGAUGUAGUUUAUGGGUGUGAUGGUUAUGCCAUUACCUAGGUAGUUAUGUGUAUAGAGACCAGAGGAUGAAAAGCAUAAUAAUAAUAAUACAUAUUUGUAUAUUCCAUUUACUGCUGAUCUCCCAGUGUUUUACAGUUUAACAGAUGUUUGUGUCGAUCGACCCCACAGCCUAGGUCAGACAGUUUGACGCUGUCUCCAUCUUUCUUCUUGUGUGUUUUAGUACACACACACACACACACACACACACACACACAAACAAACACACACACACACACACACAUACAUCCGAGGGCCGUGAAGUAAAUUAUGGUAAGUUAUGUUUUUCAAAUUUUACAGGAGAGACAAAAGUAGGCUCCCUUAUGGAAAUGAAGUUUAUCCACCUAAAAUGGUUCAAGAAAAUCCGUUUUUGUCUCUCCUGUUAUAUAUGAAAAACAUGACUUACCAUAGUUCACUUGGCGGCCCUCAACAUUCAUG